ACUAGAUGCACUGUAGCACUUUAUCAAUCAAUUAAGGUGCAAAUAAUUUAUUUUAUAAUGGCAAUUCAAAAAUGUACGUGGAGUGCAAUAUUCGACGAUCAAUCGAGAGUUAAUUUGCAAGGUGGCUACAUUAUAACAGGAACCAUUUCUGCAUUGUUGGGAGCCUGGUUGAAUUUGGCUUUGAUGCUGACGAAUUUACGGGGAGAUUUGAGCUAUCGUAAUUUUGCCUUUUUUACGCUUAUCUCCUGCCUUAGACGCUUCGUCUCUUUAUUGGCCCAAUUCUCAGUUAAUGAGACGGCCAACAUGACUUGCGAUUUUUAUGGAUUCUGGGAUAAAUUUUUAGGCGUUUUAGAAGUUGAAUGCCUUACUCAUGCAUGCAUUGAGCGUUAUGUUGUAGCUAAAUAUAAUACAAAAGGUUUUUAUUUUAUAAUUUCAGGUUGGCCGAUACAAAAGAAUCAUUAUAUUUUAUAUCCAUGCCUGUGCGUGCUUUUUGCGCUCCUAUAUUCCUCACCACCACUUUUUGGAUUUGGCAAAUACGGGUUGGACUUCUCAUGCCAAUCUUGUACGUUGGACAUGGUUUUACCUGUAACGUGGCACAGAUACGUUGUUAUAUCUAUAUUUUUACUUCGAAGCGUUAAAUCUACAGGAUUCAUGGUAACUAUGUUGAUAUGGGCUAGAAACUUAGAAGCGAAGUACAAUGAUUCAGCGGAACUACUAAAGGAAAUGCGAUUUACUGAAAGUAUAAUUGUCGUAACAAUAGUGAAUUUGAUUUCCUGGAUGCCAAUUGCUUUGAUACGAGGAUGGGUGGUGCUUUCCUUCUUGCUCUCUGACGACGUGCAAGUGAAACCGUCUGCUUCUGCUAUACAGUGGGCGAUAUGGAUUCAUUGGGCCUCGCCUGCCAUAACUACAGUAGCAAUGUUCUUGACCGACAAAAGAGCACACAAGACAAUGAUAAGCAUUUGUAAAGCUGAAACGAUGAUUGAAGAAACUAAAAAGAAAGAUUAAUUUCCUACAUCUUAUGAAAAAUCGUUUGCUUCAAGUAAAGAAGUGUCCAGUAAAAAAAUACUUGAAUUUUCAUAGUUUCAAGUGGCCUUGAUACGAGAUAUAAUUUAGAUAUAAAGAUUUUACGUUAAUGUUCUUCUACUAUACACUCAGUGUUGAGUACAGGGUGUUCGACUAUGGAAGGCAUUAUACAGGUAGAAAUAAAUUUGAAAAAUCUUUCGUCUCGACGAGUGUUAAAAGCACUGCCUACCUUGUUGAUUUUAACCUCUCCUUAAGUAAACACCCCGUGCACAACACUAUUAUAUUGGAACAAAUUAGACAGUAUUUUAUUUUUGAAAAAUCCACAUUUUUAAAAUGGCUCCUAAAUUAUAUAUACACAUGAAUGUCUAGCAACUGAAAUUAUGAAGUUAUAUGCAGGAAAACGGGAAAGAAAACAAUUAGUCGAUUGUUUUGGUAACUUUAAUCAAGUCAUAUUUACAUUUGUAAGUAAUUCCACUUAUUGCGAUGAUUAGUAUUGUUUAAAAUGUUUAUACAAUUAUUUUGUACAAAAUUAUGCGUCUGUCAGUCUGAUGUGGCUACAUUUCAAAAUGAGCUGUAAUUCAAAAUGAAAUCUAUAUUUACAUAUUUUGACAAAAUAUAAGAUAAAGGAAUCUGAAUACAAAGUAGCAUUUCCAAAUAUAUAGAUAAAAAAGAACUAAUGAAUAACAUUUACGGUAAAUUAAGAGAAUUAGAUGUAUUGUAAAAAUUUACGAGAAUGCAUUGUGACAAUGAGAUUUUUGGACCACAAUUACAAUCUAACCACAGCUGUUGGUCCACAGUAAGGCAUUUAAUGAUUAGAUACAUAAUUACAGUAAGUAACAUUUAUAUACAAAUGUAGUAUAGCUUUUAUAAUACAAGUAUCCUUAAUAAUUUUACUAUAUAAUUUAUAACAUAGUUAACUUUAAAUGUAUAAAAGUGCAUUAACUCUUGUUACAUAACAAGGAUAGUUGGUAGAUUAGUUAUAUAUAGGUACACCUAUUAUUAACUUGAAAUAUUGUAAAUUAUAAAAAUAAAUUAUAUGGUAAAAUUUGCUUUAUAUUCAAGUGUGUACUUAAUGUUAUAGCAAUAUAGAUUAUAAUAAAACUGUAACACUUUGUUGAAGUUUUUUAGGCUGUGAGAUGCUAUUACCUCUAGAGGUAUAAAACCUGGCCUGUGUAAAAAAUUAACCUGAUUAGGCGGCAAACAAGCGAACUCCUUCAAUGAUUCCAAACACGCCACUUAAAACUAUAAACUUAUUUAGUUGUCCACCUCUUUGUCAUUAGACAAUAAUCCCUUAUUUUCCCAGACCAUAUGAUUCUUUGUGGAUAAAAGGCAAGACAUUUAUCAGUCUUGUUUUAUAUUGAUGAUCUUUAGAGGUAAUAACAUCCCAAUGAAAUCCAAUUUUUUUUUUUUAAUUCUUUGGUUUUGUUAUUUACAAUUUAUGCCACGCGUAUAAUACUCUACAUCUAA